AAAAGGCGCAACAAUCAUGAUGGGCACUGCUAGUGGGAAAUCAGUAAACCGCGUCCCUUCCUCUAACCCACCACCGACAACUUCGACAACAAACAAAACGUAAACAGUGUGGUGUUUUGGAUAUCAACAGAGCGUUCCUCCCAUCCGCCUCACCACCCUCUAGUAUAAUCCACAAGCAUUUUCCGAGGAACAGAGGAACAUUCGCCAUUCAUUUAGGCUCACUGUAUCACAGAAGGUGAAAAGUUGGAAAAGUCGAACCAGAACGAACUAAAUUAUUUUUUCGGGCAAGUUACUCAAGACAAAUGUAAGGUUUCGCAGUGUGAUAGUGUAUUGUGUAUGCAAUUAGCCAGUGCAUCGGAAUUAGAGCGAAAAAUUACGAUUUCAUCCGUGGUUCCGUAGCUCAGCACACCAAAACAGCAGGAGAGGGGUCAAGAGUGGCAUAAAAGUGGGUGAUUAGGUAGGAACAGUGUGGAAUUGCGUCUUGAUAAGCACUUUGGUGCCCCUGUGGAGACGGGGCGGGUCGAGACGUCGCAUAGGCCAACUGGUGGUGUCAUCUGCCAGACGUGGGCAGAGGCAGGUGGCCGCGGCUGCAACGCUGGAGCUCAUCCGCAAGAAAAUGAAGCCGUACCAGCCCUCGGAAAAGCUGGUGGUGCGAGACAGCGUUUCGCUCAGCAUGGACGAGGAUCUGAGCGACGACGUCGAGGAUGAGGUCUUCAUACGGGAUGGGCGCACCUGUCGGACAUACGAGGACCGUGGGGCGAAGCGACCGCUCAUGGCACCGAGACAUCGUGGGGGGAAAAACAGCAAAUCAACAAGUUGCGGAACGUCGAGUCCGAUUCUGAAAAAAUAUCGUAGAAGACGCUGCUGGAAUUGUUGUGAACCAUUUUGUUACGGACUAGCCGCUAUCACGGUGCUGAUUGGACUGAUCGUGCUAGCAGCUCUACUGCUUACCGCGUUUCCACAGCCGCUGCAGAAGAUCAAAGUCUGGUUCCACAAGGAGUCCCCCUUCAGCACCGUUGUCAUACGGGACAAAUUCAAUAGUCUGCUCUUUAGUGGAGGUGAUUCCGCGAAUGCUACACUAGAAGUGGUCCCAUGCACCCGGAUGACGGUGCAGAAAGUUUGGACGCGUGUCAUUGCACGGGUUAACAGCGAGAGUCCCCUGCGGAAGCUAGACGUAAACGGUGAUGGCGUGCCGGACGUGAUCGUUGGCUACGGGAUCGACGAGAUGGUCGACGAUGCACGUGGAUUCAUUCCGAGAUGCACCUCACUGAAGACGGGUUUGACGGAUAUGUGCGGCGGGGGACUAAUGGUGCUGAAUGGGAUCAACGGUGAUACGCUCUGGCAGAGGUGGACUUCGUUUACGAUUUUUUCGCUCAAGUGUGCGAUCGACAUCAAUUCCGAUGGGCAGAAUGAUUGCGUCGCUGCUGGGAGAGGCGGGUUGAUUCUGGCGGUUGACGGAAAAAAUGGCAAUAUUCUGUGGGAGUUGAAGGAUUACUCCGAUCUGGAAAGCUACGCGGAGACAAGUAUUGAUCUGUACACAAUAAAUGUGGUACGUGACUUGAACAACGAUGGCAUUGCGGAUAUUAUGGCGGUUCACGUAGAAGAAACACAGCGAGCUCACGGAGGUCACAUAAAACUUAUUUCCGGAGCCACUGGGAUCAUAUUGAGGAGUAUCCCUACCCCAUUUCGAGAAGAGAUGUUCGUGCCAAUCCAGGUACUGAUCAACAAGGAUGGCACAGAACAAUUUCUAAUGGUAACGGGGGGACAAAAUUCUCCAGGUGGAAUCUACACAUUGAAGCAGGAAAGUUUGAUGAAAUACUCAAACGAAAAGGACUUUGCUCCUGUUAUGAGGAUAGAUUCGUCCGGAAUCAUGGUACCCGCAGUACUUACGGAUCUCAAUGGCGAUUCCGUAGAAGACAUAGUUGUGAGUUCAUUCAACUCGACCGUUUACGCAUUCGAUGGUGUUAACAGGACACAGCUCUGGGCUUAUUCCAUUGCAGACUCGGAAAGUGUCAGCUCGAUUGUGCCUGGCCAUUUUGAUCAUGACAACGUGACAGACUUUAUGGUAAAGUACAACACCGGCCCGGGAUUCCCUAUAUAUUACUACUCGCAAACUACAAUUCUUAAUGGAACCAAUGGUCAACCAUUCUUGGAUUCAAGCAUAAAAGACUCUGGCGGUGCUAACAGUCUACUCGGAGGUUUAACAAUUUCCCAAACUGGCGGCGGAGAUUUCUUUUUGCAUUGGCAGCUACAGUGCAGGAACAAGAUGGAGACGACUGAAGAAUAUCAAUUUAUUCCAGAAAGCGACAUCAUACAACAAUCCCGUGCCGAUACAUGCAUGCUUCGGUACAAUCAAUCGUCGGUUCUGAAACUCUACGCUAUCAACCGGCAUGUGGAACCCCCGGGAGCGGUGAUCUUUUCCACAGAUGAUUUGGUCAUCAAACUGAAUGAAACAGCUAGCCAGCAGCUGCGGGAGAGUUACGUAGCGCCUAUAAAACAUCCAAAAAUGAAACUCAAGGUAAAGGAUGAUGGCCGUGCGGCCAACGAAAAUCAGUCCCAACAGGUACGAAUGGAUAAAAAGUUAGAUCAGAAUGUGGCUUUGGUCGGGGCUGAAAAAGUGGACGCUACUUCCGACGAUAUUGGAGUUAUAGUUGCUGAACCAAAAAAUACCGCUCAUGAGCUGAGAAAGCAAAAGCUACGAGAGCACAUGUUGAAUACGAACCGAAUUCCGGAAAGUAUCGAAAAUGAAGAAGAAACAAAACGGAAAAACAAACUUAGUAUGAACAAUGUUUACAAAAAGUAUACAUACAAUGCGAACGACGGUAGUGAUCUGAUAGGUGACGACGGGGAUAAGCCCUACCUAUAUCUUCCCUACGAUCAAAUGGAUGCGGAUGCGAGAAAUCCGUUCCUUCAGAACGAAAUCGCUGUUCCUCCUGCCCCGUUGGAUUAUGACUAUAACGCAGUUAACGACGACGACAAUCAACAUGGCUAUCCACGGCCACAUUACAGGAAUAGUGGAAAUAGAUUUUCUGGAGGACGAGAUAUAAGAAGCAAGUUUGGAGGAUUUGAUGAAGUUGAUCUACACGACUCUGUCAUUGAGGAGCAAGUGUUCAACGAGUCCAACCCAAAUUCGCUGAUUGUCAAAAAAGUUCUUUUGAACGAUGAAAUGCUCGAUGAACUAAAAGAGAACGACAGUAGUUCCAAGGGUUCCAAGGAAACUUUAUGGGACUUGGAAAUGGAGAAGGAAGCCAAGGAAGCAAUUAAUGACGUCAACUCUAUAAAUUACGACUACAACAAGGAGAAGCGUCAGACGGAGGGCAAGGCGAACAGCACACAGCCACAAGUAACCACCACUGCUGAGCCCUUUCCGAACGAAAACAUUCUGCCUUCGAUCGCGUCGACCGGAGUCUUGCUGAAAUCACUGAAUUUUUCCGCCUCAAGUCCAACCAUUGACUACGUAUUCGUUAUGAACAUCCGGGAAUCGGAAACCUACCCGCCACUGUUUUUGGAUAAGGAUCUCUCCUGUGUCCAGGAAAAACUCUCCGCCUACCAAACAUUCAGUAGAGACGAUCUUCUUCAGCUGGAGAAAAAGUUCCUCAAACAGUGUCUUAAAGCGAGGAUGCCGAAUCUAAAACCAAGCUACCAGAAGUUUGAGACCCAAAUCAUAAUCACACGACUGGAGAUCGGUUGCACGUGUGGCGAGGAUCUGAACCCCGGACGGGAGAUGUGCUCUAGACUACACAGUUAUGAUCAGCAGAGAUGGACCGAAUACAUGGGAAACGAGGGAAAAGGCAGCUACUGAGAUCAGGGCGGAGAGGGUGAGCUGAUUUAGUGUGUGGGAACGUCGAAAUAAGCACAACAACUCACGGUUACACUGGUAUCAUCCUUUUCAAGCUUUCUUGUGCUCUCAUUUUUUUUAUUCAAUUCUUCCAAACUAUACCAAAAGUACACUAACAUAGAAAACUCCUCCGUGAAUCACAAACUUUGUACAAAGCCAAAUGUUUCUAUUCUAAUGCUUCAGCGAUGGCAAAACUAACGAGUGUGUGUGUGCUAAUGAGAUGUAGUUUUCUAUCCGACCAACUGACAAUGCAAUCUGGGGUAGGGGAGGGGCCUAACGCGAACGGAAAAGAUGCAAGUGAAGCCGCCGACGAAAAUACAAGAGAGACAUUCUUCAAUAUCUAUGUGGCGUAGAUAAAAGUAUCAAAAGGUUAAAGCCAAUCGACGGUAACUAUAAAACAAGAAAGAGAACUAAUACCAUUCAUAUUUAUUUUUAAGCAGAAUAUAUACAUAGUUAAUUUGUAGAUAAGUGUAUUGAAAAUGGAAGCGGCUGGGUGGAAUGAAUGUACUUCUUGUAGAUUGGGAGUGUAAAUAAAAAAAGAAGA